AUGAAAAUUUCUAAUAGUUUUACCUUUUUUUUAUUAUUCUUAGUUUCAUUAUGUUUAGUAUCAAAUGCUCAAAUGUUUGGUAGUAAAUGUAAAUUACCAGAAAUUCCUCAAACUUUGGAUAAUGGUUCACAAAGUAUAUUCUUGUUGGCUCAAUUAUUACAAAAUAAUAUUGUUUUUAGUUCAUAUAAUCAUACAUUUUCAAAGGGUAUUGGAUCAACAUUUUUCAGUGAUCCAAAUAAAGUUAGUGUUUACAAUUCUGGUGAAAAUCUCCAUGUUGAAUAUAAAAUAACUAAAGGUUAUAGUGGUGUUUUCUAUAGCGAAGAUUGCACCAGUAAAGAUCAAAUUCCAACUAGUUCCAAAAUUGUAAAAUCUUAUAGUGGUGGUUUUGCUAUCAUGGGUAGUACAUACAAUUACCAAUAUAAACUUACUUUAAACGCAUGUUCGAUUCCAGAAACAAAACCAAUCCCAACAUAUGAUAUUAUCCAAUCCUACACAUACCAACACCAUUUAAUUGAUCAAGGUGAAUUUAAAAACACUCCAACUCAUACACAUGGCAACAGAUUAGAUAGAAUAUAUACUCAAUACAAUAGAAUAGACCCUGAAAAUAUAUAUACACAAGUCCACCAAAUUCCAUCUUCAUUAUCAGAUCAUAAUCCAAUAUCAACAACAAUUUCUUCACCUUUUCAAAUAAAUAAACAUAAGAAAAGAUGGAUAUUAUCACCUGGUACUGCAAAUGACCAUGAAGCAAUCAAUAUUAUCAAUCAUUUAAUAACUAAUCACAAUAACACAUCAAUCAAUCAAUUUACAAACUGGUCAAAAGUAAAAUCAAAAAUUAUUAAAACUCUAAAAAACUAUCAAUAUAACAAAGACAAACAAACUCAACGUGCAAAACAAAUACUAUUAGAAAAAGCAGCAAAAUUCAAACAUCUUGAAGAACAAUGCAUCGCCGAAUACAAUAUUAUAUGUAACAAAAACAAAUUACAUCAAAACCACACAAACAUAUUAAAAAAACAUAUAAAUGGAGAAAUACCUAUCAAGUAUCUAUCAGCAAUACUAAACAAAAGAUCAAAAGAUGCAAAAAUUGAAUCAAUCCAAUAUGGUAACAUCAUUACAUCCGACCAAAUUGAAAAUGCAUUUGUUGAAUUCUACACAAAUCUAUAUAGCUUACAAAUAUGUUGUCCAAUUACUCACCAGCUCAUGCUAAACACAUGGCCCAUCAUAAAAAAUGAAUAUUGUAAUGGUUUAGACUCACCAUUUAUACAAGAUGAAGUUGAAGCUGCAAUUAAAACCUGUAACCCCAACAAAUCACCCGGUCCAGAUGGCGUUGCAAAUGCUUUCUACAUUAAUCAUUUAAACCAAGUUAAACCAAUUCUCACUGCAUUAUUCAACGAUAUACUAGAAAAUCCUCACCACAUCACAACAGAAUUCACCGAAGGUCUUAUACACACAAUAUACAAGAAAGGCAACCCCUUACUCAUAUCAAAUCGUCGUCCCAUUACACUUCUAAACACUGAUUACAAGAUCCUCUCAAAAGUAAUCAAUGCACGUCUUCUAAGAAUACUUCCUUUCAUCAUAAAUAACAACCAAACUGGUUUCGUACCCCACAGAUUCAUCAUAGACAACAUCAACAUCAAUGAAUUAAUCAACUACCUCAAAUCUAAAAACCUCCCUGGUAUCAUCACACUAUUGACUUCUUUAAAGCAUUUGAUUCUAUCUCUCACGAUAGUAUUAAAAGAACAUUAA